AUGAAAAUCAAUAAGUAUUGUGACGAUAACGACGAUGAAAUUGCGUGUAACAAUAGCGGAGUUGAAACGGAUGAACUUCGUGACCCUCACGAACUUCAUGAGGCAGACGAACUUCACGACUUGUAUGAAGUUCAUGUUCCUCAUGAAGUUCAAGCAAAUGAAUUAUAA